AUGGCGCCGCUUGCCCGGGUGCUUCGGCGGCGGCGGAUCUGCAGGUCCCACUGCUCUGCUGUUAGGCUGGGGACCGGAGCAUCACUGAAGAGUGCCGCCUGUGCAGACGCCCCUCUGGCUCUGGUGGUGCUGGCCCGUCUUCCGCGAGCCCCCGCCUCCGGGAGAGCCGCAUCCCGCGGCUCCCGCCUGGUGAGAGCUCGACUCCAGGAGAGGCCCCGCCUCCGGACCCGCGCCCUGGGAGAGCCCGUCCGCGCGCUCCGCGCCCCCUGGCCGGAGGGUUUCUGGGAUUUCAGUGGGCGAGGUGUCCACAACCCACACAGCCCCCCCCAGCUCUCUGGAGUGUCCCGGUCAUGGCCCCUCCAGGGCAGCAGGACUUCCGGCCUGGCCGGGGGGAGGAGCGCAUGGCAGACGUUCCGUUCCCGUCCUCAGCUCCCGCCGCGCACACUGCCGUCACGGGCUCUCACGUUAGCUCAGGCUGGCCUCGAACUCACUGUAGCUGAGCGUGACCUUAAACUCCUGUCCUCCUGCCUCGGGUCACCGAUGCUAGAGAGCAGACCGGGUGUCACUGGGAAGCCUGAGCGGGCCUGGGACUCGCGGCCGUCCUCCUGCCUCAGCAUCCCCGGGGCUGGGGCGGCCAAAGUGCGCCACCGCGCUGCCAGGAGGGGCGAGCCCGCCCGUCGAGGGUGGCGGCGGGCUCCGGGGUUCCCGCUGGGGCUGGGGAGGGCGGGCAAGCCGCAGCUGGUGGGUGUGAAUGCUGAGGAGGCUGCACCAGGUUCCCUUCAUUUUAAAACUUCACUCCUUCAUUCAUUCCUGGAGGGGGUGGGGGGCGUCAGAGGCCAGAGGGUGGGCGUCGGUUCUCCCCACCGCAUUGGUCUUGGUGAUUGGAGCUCGGGUUAUCGGGCGGGGCUGCAAACCCCUCCAGUGGAUCCCGCACGCCAGCUCGCCCUCCCUGCUGCGCGCGCCCUUCUGACCAAUCCUUUGCACCGGAGAUGGAAAUGGGGGUGUAUCCAACAACUUGGGUGUCUACAUAGUGUAUCCAGCUUGGGUGCCCUGGGUCACGUGUCUCCCGUCUCCCUAGGGUGCAAGAUCAAGGCUUUGCGCGCCAAGACCAACACCUACAUCAAGACGCCGGUGCGCGGCGAGGAGCCGGUCUUCAUCGUGACGGGGCGCAAGGAGGACGUGGAGAUGGCCAAGCGCGAGAUCCUGUCGGCCGCCGAGCACUUCUCGCUCAUCCGCGCCACGCGCAGCAAGGCGGGCGGGCUGUCGGGCGCCACCCCGGGCCCCCCGAACCUGCCCGGCCAGACCACCAUCCAGGUGCGCGUGCCCUACCGCGUGGUGGGGCUGGUGGUGGGGCCCAAGGGCGCCACCAUCAAACGGAUCCAGCAAAGGACGCACACGUACAUCGUGACCCCGGGUCGCGACAAGGAGCCGGUGUUCGCGGUGACCGGGAUGCCCGAGAACGUGGACCGCGCGCGCGAGGAGAUCGAGGCGCACAUCACGCUGCGCACCGGGGCCUUCACCGACGCGGGGCCCGACAGCGACUUCCACGCCAACGGCACCGACGUGUGCCUGGACCUGCUGGGGGCCGCGGCCAGCCUCUGGGCCAAGGCCCCCACCGGGACGGAGGCCCCCGCCGCCGCCAGCGGCCUGCGUGGGGACAGCGCCCUGGGCGCCGCCAGCACCCCGAGCCCUUCUACGUGGGCGGCCGCGGAGGGCCGCCCUGCCGGACCCGAGUCCAGCAGCCCCUACGGGGGCUCGGGCAACGGGGGCUUCACCUUCGGCGGGGACGGGCCCGGGGCGCCCGCGGGGACGGCCGCCUCCGACGACUGUGACUUUGGUUUUGACUUCCUGGCGCUGGACCUGACCGUGCCCGCCACGGCCACCAUCUGGGCGCCGUUCGAGCGCGCCGCGCCCCCGGCCUUCAGCGCCUGCCCCGCCGCCGCCGCGGUGAACGGGGCGCCUCCCAGCCCGGCACGGGCGCGCGGCGCAGCAGCGGCGGCGGGGCAGGCGGCGGGGCCGCCACCACCCGCGCCACUCGCCCACGCUGCCGAGCCCGGGGGACUCGGCCUGGAGCUGCCGCUCGCGCGCCGGGGCGUCCCGGACCCCGUGGGUGCUGUGCCUUGGCGACCCCGCAGAGCGCGCUGCCGCCCUUCUCCGGGGGCCCCUCUCUGCCCAGCCCCGCCCAGGCGGCCUCCACCCUGGACGCCGCCGUCGCCGCCGGUCGCCGUCGCCUCCGAGGGCAGCCACAAGCCAUCCAGCACCGCCUCGGCGGCCGCGGCGGCGGCGAACUCCUCGGCGCCCGCCGCGGCCCCGGGCCCCCCCGCAGCCUUGGCUCGCGAGUGCGUGGUGUGCGCGGAGGGCGAGGCCAUGGCCGCCCUGGUCCCCUGCGGCCACAACCUCUUCUGCAUGGACUGCGCCGUCCGCAUCUGCGGGAAGAGCGAGCCCGAGUGCCCCGCCUGCCGCACGCCGGCCACCCAAGCCAUUCGCGUCGAGGCCGUCAGCCUGCGGCCCAGCGGCAGCGGCGCCUCCGUCCUUGACCAGUGACAGUAUUGAGUGAGCCGGUGAUAAUAAAGCCGGAGAAUUCUCUGUUUGCACUUUUUAUUAAGACACCCUGUCCCGUUUCCGGGGUGAUCUUAGAACAAACAAAAAAAAAUAACACGAUAUUUACAACUCUCACUGGAUUUAACAGUGUGGAUUCUUGUAGAGACUUCCAGAACAAGGCAGGUGGCUUUGUCCCCCCCACACACACACACAUACACACUCCCUUUUUUUGGGGCAAAUACACCAUUUUGUACAUCCGCCACGGGGUGGCCAGCGGAGGGGAGGGAGGGUGUCGAGGGGCGUCCCAUCAACAGAUUUAUAACUUUGGUUUGACUGUGGUAUUUUUUUGUUUCUGUUUUUUUAAAUUAAGACUCAGUGUUGCGGUUUUUCUGUUGUUUUUUAAAAAGGUUUUUAAAGUUUUUUUUAUUGUUAUUUUUACUUCAUACUUCCUGUGUAUAUGUAGGGAAUUUAUAUUAGAUAUAUGUACUUUACGGAAUAAAUUUUAAGAACUAAAAUAUAUUUUAUUUUAAAUAAAGCAACGGACCUUUAAUCUUUGACAGCUAAAUCACUGAUUAUAUAUUUGCUGAACUGAUUUAAGGGUUUAAAAAAAUUGUAUCAAGAGUUUUAUUUUUGGACUUGACAGCCUUCCUAAUAAAGUUGUUUUCUUAUAUGUCA